AUGUUACCACUGCUCCUAGUCCUGGUGCCUUUAUGCUCAGCCGCCAUAUAUGAAAAAGUCGCAGACCUCCCUACACUAGACUUCGACUAUAUCAUCGUAGGAGGCGGGACAGCAGGAAAUGUCCUCGCCAAUCGUUUAACCGAAGAGUCCAAUACUUCCGUCCUUGUACUAGAAGCAGGAAACUCGUGUGUACCGUUCUUCUGUACACUGGCAACGCCCAACACACCUCUGGACUGGAAUUUUACUACGGUUCCCCAACCUGGCUUGAACGGACGGGCCAUCCCGCUCCCUAGGGGCUUCGGACUGGGUGGGAGUAGUGCAGUUAAUUAUAUGACGUACACGCGUGGUUCGUCCGAAGACUACGAUCGAUAUGCCAGGACCAGUGGAGACGAUGGUUGGGGAUGGGAUAAAAUUCAGCCGUACUUCCGCAAGAACGAACGCUUCGUCACUCCCGCAGACCAUCACAACACCACAGGGGAAUUUGACCCCAAAGUGCAUGGCUUUCAUGGCAUAAACUCGGUCACAUUACCUGGAUAUCCGCGCGCUAUUGACAAUCACGUUCUUCAAACUACCAAGGAGCUUCCGGACACAUUUCCGUUCAAUUUGGAUUUCAAUUCGGGGUAUCAGUUAGGGAUCGGAUGGGAACAAACAACUGUAGGGAACGGGACACGGAGUAGUUCACAGACCUCGUAUCUCGGGCCUGGGUAUAUUGAUAGGAAGAAUUUGCAUGUGCUCGUGCAUUCGUACGUUACGCGGAUUCUUGUGGCCAACACCUCGGACUCGCAUUUGCCGCGCUUUAAUACCGUCGAGUUUACGCAAGAUGCUGGAGGUAAGGAUGCUUUCUCUUUAAGGUCCCAGAAAAUCAUCCUGUCAGCCGGUUCUAUUGGAACACCCCAUAUUCUGCUUAACUCGGGUGUUGGAGACGCUGACGAACUUUCUGCGCUGGGUAUUACUCCGACCGUGAACCUCCCUGAUGUCGGGAGAAAUCUGACAGAUCAUCCGAGGUGGAGUCUUGUAUGGAGUAUUAAUGAUACAAGCACGAUAGAGAUGUAUUGGAGAAAUGAUACGUUCCAAGCGGAUGCUUUAGCAGAGUGGGAAGCCAACCGAACAGGUUACAUUGCGAGCACAGUAUUAAACCAUAUCGGCUUCUCGCGUAUAGGAGAAGGUCUCCUAGGAGAAGAGCCUUGUGCUGGUAAUCUGACGGCACACUAUGAGCUGAUAUUCGCUAGCGGAAUUUUCGAGAGCACAAUCCCGGCAACCGGGAACUACUUUACUACAACGAUUGUUCUACUAUGCCCGCUCUCUCGCGGAAGCGUCACCAUCAAUAGCACUAAUCCUCUCAACCCUCCGUUGAUCAACCCCAAUUUUUUCUCCCAUCUGCAGGAUAUAAUAGCCAUGCAGUAUGCCGUAGAAGGUGCCCAGAGGUUCACCUCGGCACCAGUGUGGAAGGACUAUAUCAUCGCCCUGACCACCAAUAUUACGGACUUGGAAGACAGCAUCAGGAAUGAAGCGGGGUCGACAGACCAUCAGGUCAGUACCGCGAGUAUGUCCCCGUUCGAUGCGGAUUGGGGAGCUGUGGACCCGGAUUUGAGGCUUAAGAAGGCAAUGGGAGUGAGGGUCGUGGAUGCAUCUGUCUUGCCUUUCAUUCCUGCUGCUCAUGCACAAGCAGCAGUCUAUGUGAUUGCGGAGAGGGCCGCCGAUUUGAUAAAGGGAUGGAAAUAA